AUGGACAAUCUCGUCCCCGGAUUCGCCGGAAAGGUCUUUCUUACCAUGUUGCGCGAUACCAUUCAAGAAAAGCCGCUGCAGUGGGUAGCUACCAGAGACAUCGGCCUUUUCACAGCCGAGGCAUUCCACAAUCAGGAGAUUUGGAAUCAUAGGGCGAUCGGACUGGCUGGGGAUGAGCUGACAUUUUCGCAGCUUAGUCUGGCGUUUCAGAAGGUUACAGGGAGGCCGGUUGGAACUACUAUUGGAGUUCUGGGAAAGAUGCUGAAGUAUGGUGUUUCCGAGAUGGGAGCUAUGGUGGACUGGUUUAAGGAUGAAGGGUAUCGCGCUGAUCUGAGCGAGAAUGCGAGGGCUGUCCCAAAUUUGAUGACCAUGGAAGCAUGGCUGAAGGAGAGCGCCUUCGUGAAGCGAAAGUGA